AUGCCAAAACUCACACAAGAACAACUCUCUGAUGCUGAAGAUGCUUUCAGAUUGUUCGACAAGGACAGUGACGGAAAGAUCCCAAUCGAGGAACUUGGUAAAUUGAUUAGAGUUUGUGGAAAGAACCCAUCGAACAAGGAUGUUGAAAGAUGUGCUCAAGAAAUUGAUCCAUCCAAGUUGGGAUAUUUCACAUUCUCUCAAUUGACUUCAAUCUUGGAAUCUAAAACAUUUGUUGCAGAUAAUGAACAAAGAGUGAAGGAAUGUUUCAAAAUUUUCGAUCGAGAUGGAACUGGAUUUGCUCCAUUGACUGAAAUUCGUUAUGCUUUGGUCAAUUUGGGUACCGGAAGUGAUAACUUGGCAAGUGAACAAGCUGAUGAAAUUUUCAAAUAUGCAGAGACUGAUGACUCUGGAAAUUUGAACUAUUCAUUGUUUGUUAACUUUUUAAUGCCAUCCAAACAUUAA